GGACUCUAGGGUGGUGGUGGUGGCUGGCUCUCGUAGUCGGAAGCCGGAGCCGAGCGGGAGCGGGCGCUCGUCGAGCCCAGAUUUUGAGGAUCUAGUGUUGACAACAGAACACUGACUGCUUUCAGGCUCUUCCUAUACAGAAAUGUCUGGAUCAUAUGAUGAUUCCAUUGGAGUAGAGGUUUCCAGUGAUAGCUUUUGGGAGGUUGGGAAUUAUAAACGGACAGUAAAGCGGAUUGAUGAUGGUUACAGGCUUUGCAAUGAUCUAAUGAAUUGUAUUCAUGAACGCGCCAGAAUAGAAAAGGGCUAUGCUCAGCAGCUUACCGAAUGGGCAAAAAGAUGGAAACAGCUUGUGGAAAAAGGUCCACAAUAUGGAACAGUAGAAAAGGCUUGGUGUGCAUUCAUGUCAGAAGCUGAAAAAGUAAGUGAACUACAUCUAGACAUAAAAGGUGCACUGAUGAAUGAGGACUUUGAAAAGAUCAAGAACUGGCAGAAGGAGGCCUUUCAUAAGCAAAUGAUUGGAGGAUUUAAGGAAACCAAAGAAGCAGAUGAUGGAUUUAGGAAGGCUCAGAAACCCUGGGCAAAAAAGCUAAAAGAGGUGGAAGCUUCAAAGAAAGCAUACCAUGCAGCAUGCAAAGAGGAGAAAUUGGCUACGUCCAGAGAAGCCAAUAGCAAAGCAGAUCCUGCACUGAAUCCUGAACAACUUAAAAAGCUACAAGAUAAAGUGGAAAAAAGCAAACAAGAUGUGCAGAAGACCAAAGAAAAGUAUGAAAAAUCACUGAAAGAGCUGGAUAAUGCUACUCCUCAGUAUAUGGAAAACAUGGAGCAGGUAUUUGAACAGUGCCAACAGUUUGAAGAAAAACGUCUACGUUUCUUCCGGGAAGUGUUACUGGAAGUUGAGAAACACCUGGAUUUAUCUAAUGUUGUGAGUUACAAAAAUAUCUACCGUGAAUUGGAGCAGAACAUCAAAGCAGCAGAUGCUGUUGAAGACCUUAGGUGGUUCAGAGCUAAUCAAGGUCCUGGGAUGUCUAUGAAUUGGCCUCAGUUUGAGGAUGAAGAGUAUUCUGGAGAUCUAAACCGUACUCUUAGUAGAAGGGAAAAGAAGAAACCUGCAGAUGGAGUGACUCUAACUGGUAUUAGCCAGACAGGAGAUCAGGCUUCACAGCCUAACAAACAUAGCAGCAAUCUUAGUGUCCCGAGUAACACAGUGCAGUCAGUACAAUCAAGUUACAAUCCCUUUGAAGAUGAAGAAGAUACUGGGAGUACUGUCAGUGAAAAGGAGGACAAUAAAAUCAAAAAUGUUAGCAGCUAUGAGAAAAAUCAAAGCUACCCUACAGAGUGGUCAGAUGAAGAGCCCAACAAUCCAUUUUCUUCCUCUGAUGCCAAUGGAGAAACUAAUCCAUUUGAUGAAGAUACCUCCCUGGCAGUGGAGGUGAGAGUACGUGCACUCUAUGACUAUGAGGGUCAAGAGCAAGAUGAACUCAGCUUUAAGGCUGGGGAUGAACUAACUAAAACAGAAGAUGAAGAUGAACAAGGUUGGUGCAAAGGACGUCUAGACAGUGGACAAGUUGGCUUAUACCCUGCAAACUAUGUAGAACCAAUCCAGUGAUGAAGGCUUAAGUUAUUCUGGAAAUAUUGCUUUUAUCAUGUAGGACUGUACAGUACAUAUUUUCAAUGAGGGAAACUGAAUGAUAUAUAGAAUGUAUAUAUUUUAAUGCAAAGGAAUGAUGGCUUGAAAUUGACAUCAUAGUGAUUUAAAGACAAAAGCUAGACCUGGUAACAUGAAAUUUUUUUCACAACUUGUACACAAUGCAAAACAAAAAGGUUAGGUUGAAAAAAUAUGGGAAACAAGAAAUGACCCUUUAAAAAGCUGCUUUUCCAUCUCAUCUGUUACCAUCACUUUUUAUGUUUUGCAUUUUAUGCUUGUGCAUAAAACCUGUCCUGGUGUGUGGCUUAUGCUCACUUUUGUUUAAUCAGUUAUUUUAAGUGGCCUUCAGUAAUUGGCAAGUUGAAUGUUUAAGACUAUGACCAUUAAUUAUAUAAUUUGUUCUUAGCAAUGUCUGAAAGAUGCAGUAUUUUUUUAUUUAAAGGCAAUGUAGUCGAGCACCUUUGUAUUGGUUGGGUUUAUCGAUGAAUUCUUAAAUUAUGACAUAGAUAACCAGUUAACUGAAGGAAAACUGUUUCCAUGUUGUAAAAAAUCUUUCCAUGCUAUCAGCAUGGUUUAAAGUUGUAAAAAAAAGUAUUGUAUUUAAUAAAUGUCUGUUACAGAAGAUUGUUUGUAGCAGAAAUAUCUGCAGGUAUUGUGGGUUGAGUUUCUAUUCUGGAUGCCAUUUAUGCAUUUUGACAUUUAAUUGCCAGUUUCCAAAACAGAUAUUCAGUAGUACUCUAAAAGCAAAACAGUCACACACAAACCCCAGAAUAUUUCAGAGUAUUUCCAGCAUGGUCUUGCUGAGAAAUUUGCCAUUCUGUAAAUUCACUGACUUAUUGUAUCAAUGAUUUAGAAUGUUAAAUGUGUAUGGAAAAAUAACUUUUUUCAAGCAAAGACAACUGUAAAAUAGAGUAAAUGCUUUUUAUUAAGAAGCUGUUUAAGUUGUGAGUAUGUACAUAUCAUUUGAUUUAAAAAAAAAAACUUUGAAGCUGACAUCUACUGUUGAUUAGCAAGUUUUUUGACUGUGGAUUAGAUUUAGGCUAUGCUUGAAAAAUCAAAUUAUAGAUAUGUUUAAAUCUGCUUUGUCACUCUAUAUUAGUUAUUGUACCAUAGACUAAAUAUUCUGUGGUUCAGAUUCUUGUAAAUGUAGCAGUAUCCUCAAAAUAUGUAUUUGUUGCUAAAUUGUGGAUCCAGAUGAAAACUACCAUUAGUCCCUAUGUGGAUUAUUGUAGCAGAACACUGUAAAAAUUUUACAUCUUGUUGCUAUUACGACUCAGUCGUAUGUAAUAGUAUUAAAUAUCAUACAUUUGUGAUAAAUUUUAAAAUAUGGGUUAUAGGUUACACCAGGUUUGUCUUUAAAAAAAAAUCUAAAUCUUAUCAGGUGGAUUGAUGUCACUUUGGGAAGCUACACUGUAAUAAAAUUAAAUCUGUUUUGAGGCAAUUUAAACACUGUAGGCACUCCUGACUAUACUGUUUGUUUUUUGAGAUCAUAGAGCUAUAUUCAGUCAGCAUUUCCAAUGAGUUAAAAUGUGCAAGCUUAGGCAGUGGUGUAUGUAUGUAUCUGUUUUAAAUUUGCCAGCAUAAUUACUUGUUCAUCCACAAAAUAGUUAUUAAAACUGUUAUAAUUUUUGG